AUGAACACAUUUCCAAACUACUAUGCAAUUCUCGACGUUCCUGAAUCCGCCACAACUGAGGAAAUUCGAGAAGCUUAUAAGCGUAAAGCUCUUGAUACCCAUCCGGAUAGAUUUGCUUCGAAUUUACAAGGUUCAACGAAAUGUACAGAACUUUCUCAAGAAGAAGCAAAAAUACGAUUUCAGAGAGUAGCUGAUGCAUAUUAUGUGCUGAGUGACGAAGGAAGGAGGAAGCAAUAUGAUAAAGAGAGAGCAUCUCGAAGAAAACAAGAAGCUUCUACUUUAUGGCAGUCAUCACAAGCAGAUCCAAAUCAAAUCUUUGGCAACGUGUUUGAAGAUUUAUUGAGACCAGAAGUAGAAAAUCACGGAUGGUUCUAUACACCAAUAGGUGCUGUAUCAGGCGCGUGUCUCGGAUUUAUUUUUGGCAAUUUUCCCGGUUUGGUAGUAGGUGCUUAUGCUGGAAAAAAAUUAGGCGCUAUUAGGGAUGCAAAAGGCAUUUCUGUUUACGAUGCUUAUUCAAGACUUAACGGUAGUCAUAAGGCAGCAAUUCUAGCCGCAUUGGCUACCAAAUUAGUUUCUUCUGGAAACUUUUAA